AUGGCGGCUUUUUGGUGCGCCGGUCAUUGUCGUCUCAGUUUGCUUCCAUCACAGUAUGGUGCUGAAGUAUAUAGCAUAACUCCUUCACACCCAUUAGCAGAGGGACAAACUCUAGUCUCUCCUGGCCUAAUAUUCAAAUUGGGCUUCUUCAGUCCAAACAGUUCUGGUAAUAAGUAUGUGGGAUUGUGGCACAAAAGUUUCUUUCCCCGUAAAUAUGUAUGGAUAGCUAACAGAGAAAUUCCUCUUGCUGCUACAGACACCUUGGCUACUUUGAGCAUUUGCAGCAAUGGGAAUCUGGAGCUCGUAGAUGGGAAACAGAGUUCUGUCUGGUCAGCCAAUAUAUCUAAUUGUUCAUCUGCAGUUCUCUUAGAUAAUGGAAACUUCAUUGUCAAAGAUGGUAUGGGAGUUGAUUUGUGGGUGAGUUUCAAUGAUCCUAGUGACACACAUCUGCCAAGCAUGUUGCUGGGAACAAGGUAUUUAUCUUACAGUUUUGACAAAAUUCCUGGUGACAAAGUUCUUGCAUAUGCCAAUGUAUCUUCUGAAUGUAUACUGAGGUUUUUGUUUUCAGUAAGUGGCAAGAACUGGUAUCUUGACUAUGAGUCAUGGAACAACCCAUGCGAUAAUUAUGGCACCUGUGGACCUCUUGGGCAUACUAAUCACCAUGGACAGCUUUAUAAAGGAGGCUUUGGCCCAGUUUAUAAGGGGUUGCUACCUGAAGGGAAGGAAAUAGCAGUAGAAAGACUUUCUAGUAGCUCAGGACAAGGUGUGGAUGAGUUCAAGAAUGAGAUGCUGUUGAUCUCCAAUCUUCAACACAAAAACCUUGUUAGGAUCAUGGGUUGUUCUGUCAAACAGAAUGAGAAGUUACUUAUCUACGAAUUCAUGCCAAACAAAAGCUUGGAUACUUUUCUAUAUGAUCCGACAAAGAGAGCAGUGCUGGAUUGGGCUAAACGCUUUAACAUUAUUCUGGGUGUUGCUAAGGGGCUUCUUUAUCUUUAUCAUGAUUCCUAUGUGAAGGUGAUUCAUAGAGAUCUAAAAGUUAGUAACAUCCUCUUGGAUGAGAAAAUGAAUCCAAAAAUCUAAGAUUUUGGAUUGGCAUGCA